UUAAUUGGCUUUGAAUGUGGUUUCGUGACGGGAGGGGUGUGCGUUUUCGCGGUCGAGUCGGAGUGCGGGGUCCCUGCGAGAUGAAGUGGAGGUGACGAGCCACCGUAUGCCGAGUUUAAAGUCGGCCUUCGUGACUGUUUCGGGCUUGUGGUUUACACGACAGGUGUGAAGGCGUGCCUGCAGAGCCUGUAGCAUCUGGCGACGGUCUUCGUCCAUCGCCGUAGUGGUGCCACACGUUUGUUGUGCGCGGUCGUGCGUUUACGAGGCGUGCUGCCGGAGUUGCCGGCUCUUUGCGUACCGAAAGCGCUGCAAGUUAUCGCUUUACUGAUGCUACCGAGUGGUUUGUGAAGCUUUUGUGAUUGAAGUCGUCGUCCGUCGCUGCACAGCUAGUACAGGAUCGAACCAUGAAGCCCCUGGUUAUCGGCGAGGUACCUGAAGAGCUCAAGACUCGCCCCAAAGCGUUCGUCGCCUUCAUCGGUUUAGAACCGCAGACCAACAACAUCCAUGCCGCGAUCUGGGACGCCUUUUCUAACAACCGCGGACUGGACCGAUCGCCGCUGAACUUCGUGAUCCUGCCUGACAAACAUGUAUUUCCGAAACCCAAACCCAAGCACCCGUCGUACGAGUGGUAUGAGGAGCGGGGUCUGCUCAAGAGCAACUGGCUGCACAAGCAUCUGGCUGAAGUUCCGGCAGUGGCCAUCCUCUUCUUUGACAUGGACUGGGACGACCCCAGCUGGGCUGACAAGCGCAACGACUGCUCAACCAAGAUACGCAGCCUCAGAGCUAGCCUACAGGGCCGAAACACCAAGGUGGCCUUGGUCCUGGUGCAGAACAACCUCUCCAUACCCGUUGGAGACAACGUGCUGGCCACGGAACGGGCGCACGCCCUGUGCAAUGCCUGCGAGCUCCCGCCAAAGGCCCUGUUUGUUCUCCCCUACUCGGACCACCUGUUCGGCUUUAUCCUGAGUUGUGCCUUGCCUCUCGUGCAGUUGUGCCAGCUGGCGUUCAUGCAGAACAUUCCGCUGGAUGCCAUCCACCAGUUUCGACGGCACGUGGACAUCUUCAAGGACCGCAUCGGCAACCCCCGACUUGCCUUCGAGCACAGUGCCUGGCUGUCCAAGCAGUUCAGCCACUUUGGUGACCUGUUUGAGGAAGCGGUGAGCUUCGGCCUAACUGCAAUCCAGACACAGCACCCGGGCUUCUACUACCAGCAGGCAGCCAACCACGCCCUGGCACGCAAGGAGCAAGCGGCCCGGCUGUGCAAGGAUGUGACAGCUCCUCCAGACGUCAACAUGCUUGAAGGUGAAGAAUCCCUCGAGUUCUACGGUCAAAGGCCGUGGCAGGCCAAAGUACAGGGAAGGAAUGAAGCACUGGAUCCACAGACGGAGGACCUUGGAAUCCAAGCGCUCCAGUACAGGGAAAAGACAGAAGUGGACCACUCGGGUCUGGUGGUGCCCCUGUUGAGCAGUGCAGUGGCUCAGUUCAAGAAGUACCGCUGCCCCCGCAUGAAGAGGCACCUCAUGGUGCAGAUAGCAGAGGAGUACUACUCCAGUUCGGACUACGACAAGGCUCUCAGUAUCCUGACGCACGUGCUCUGGGACUACCGUGCUGAGCGCUGGCGACCCUUGGUGUCCAACAUCCUGACCACGGCCCUCAAGUGUGCCUACCUCUCGGCCAGCGUGCCGGCCUUCCUCAUGCUGGGCCUGGAGUUCACUUCCAGCUGGAUCCUGGGGACGCAGGAGGAGAAGAGCUCCGUCCAGACCAGUGUCUUCAAUGUCAUCGAGGGUAACCACCCAGUGGCGUUUCCCGGCAUGUCACCAUCCAGCAUCGCCAUUGCUGAUGCUGCCUGGAAGGAGGCACUGUCGGAGCAGCCCAGACAGCCAUUGCAGAAUUUGGACAUGGACCACAUCAUCCAGUCAGUGGAGUGCAAGGUUCAGUUUGGACACGGCGCAUUCUAUGCCGACCAGCGUGUCUGCCUCAAGGUCUUCAUCAGGUCCAACUGUCCUCUUCCAAUCAAGGCCAGUGGGCUGAAGGUGCACUUCAACAACCAGCACUACAACAACUUCUGCAUCGUCGAGGAGGGUGAUCCAGCUGCAGCCAUAGGCAGCCUACACCUGGUGCCACGGAGGACACAGUCCUUCUCCUUUGCAUUCCUGCCACGGUCAUGUGACAUCAACAGCGACAUCCAGGUGAGCUCGGUGCACCUGCGGCUGGGUUCUCCUGCGUCGUCCGAAUCGUCCACCGGUCUGACGCUAGCCUGGAACUGGGAGUCGCCCCCGAGCAGCUCUGGCAGCAGCGGUGCAAGGCCGGGCCUGGCGUGGGACCCAAUCCCACGCAAGCCCUUUGGCCAUGGCGAGGAGGUGGCCUUCCACCAGCUGCCACAGAUGGCCACCGCCAGGAUUCACCCGAGGCGCCCCCAGGUGUCACUGGUGUUGGACCACAAGCCACCUGUGCUGCUGCACGAGUUCUACCAACUGGCGAUCACGAUCGUGAGCGAGGAGAUUGCACCACUCACUGAUGUCUGCCUCAGCAUUGGACUGGUUGAAGACCUGGACCCCAAGUACUACACCACCACCCACUUCACGUGUGAGCCAACGCCCGUGGUGCCCAAGCAGCCAGCCAGCAAGAUUCGAGGAUUUCACAUUGACGACAUUCCUGCCGGAGGUCGGAAAAAGCAGACUGUCCUGCUGAGGAACUCAGAAGUUGGCACGUUGAGGGUUUUCGUCAAGGUAGAGUACAAGACCGAAGUGGAGGUGGACAGUCGUGUGCUUUGCUGCAGCUGCUGCCGCGAGAUCUUCCUCGACCUGGAGUGCAUCGAGCCGUUCAGCUUCUCUGCCAAGCUGCUCAACCUCAAGUUUGAGCCCGUGGAGGUAGUGCGAGCGGAGGAGCAAUUCGUGGUGCAGGUCGACAUGGAGUCAUGCUGCCCACUGCCCCUGGAGCUCAUCUCGGGCACAGUAAGGCUGAAUCCUCACGUGAGCACGGUGGACAAGGAGUUCCAGUCGCUCGUUCAAGGAGUGAAGCUGAACAAUGGUGAGGUGGCACGGGACCUAUUGUGCCUGGUGGCUCCCAACCCUGCGGAUGCACUCACUUGCCUUGGACAGUACACCCUGCAGUGGAAGAGGGAAGGUGCUCCCGCCAUGGCAACCCACACGGUAUCACUCCCAGCAGUGCCAGUGCAGGCAUGCCCACUCCUGCUGGAGCUGGUGGCGCCUGCGCAUGGCCGGGUGCGGACCCCGCUGAUGGUCAGCUACUUGCUGCAUAACCGCACCCUGCUCGUGCAGGACGUCGAGCUGGUUAUGGAUUCCAGUGACGCCUUCAUGUACUCCGGCAACAAACUGCUGCACUUCCGCAUCCUCCCACGAGAGUGCCAAACCCUGACGUACAACCUGUACCCCCUGCUGCCGGGAUACGUGCCCCUUCCCCGGAUGCACCUGGUGCUGGGGCCGGGCACCGCAGCUGCCUCCACCCUCGACGGCCUCCUCAACGAGAUGCUACCCUCGCACAUCUUCAUCAUGCCCCAGGCCAAGACCUUAACACCCUGCGAAGCAAUGGCUAUGAGCUAGUAAAGACCAGAAGAUACACUAUAGCUUAAUUCCAGAAGCUUUGUACAUAAUAUAAUGCGAAAAAAAUAAAAAUAAAGUUUCUUAGGGAAAUAAAUUGCUUUUGAAAGUU